AUGGCAUUCAUGCAUGCUGCUUCUUCAGAGUGCCUCCGAUCUGAGCUGGAUCUGUGGAUCAUUCCACCCACUCAGACCGCACUUGAAUCGACUCAUUGGGUUCCUUACAAACCCUUGACCACAUUAGAUUCCUCUAACACGGUCGAAUUUUCCAUACCGGGAGUAGGCCAUGAGUACAUUGACCCCGCCCACACUCUUUUGUAUGUGAAAGCCAAAAUUGUAAAGGCAGAUGGCACAGAUAUCGUUGCAAACGAUCAGAAUGAUGCUGCUCCAGUAAAUUACGCCCUCCACGCUCUUUGGAGCCAAGUCGAUGUGAGUCUAAAUCAAAAAGUCAUUAGUCAUUCAAGCAUGACCUAUGCUUACAGAGCCUACAUAGAGUCUCUCAUGAAUUAUGACGCCUCGGCUAAAAAGUCCCACAUGACACAACGCAUGUGGUACGAGGACACACCUGGCCAUUUCGAUUCACUCGAUGGCCGAGAAAACCUUGGACUGGCCUGGCGGCGAUCUCGCACUUCAAACAGUCGUCAAUUUGAACUCAUGGGUCCUCUGCAUAUUGAUUUCUUUAAUCAAGAUCAUUUCUUGCUGAACAAUGUGGAAUUGCGCAUUAAGCUCAUUCGGAACCGAGAUGCCUUUACUCUCAUGUCUACUGCUGGCACUGAGCGCAUCAAACUUUUAGACGCGACUCUUUACAUCCGAAAAGUUGCCAUUUCCCCUUCCGUCAUGCUGGGUCAUGCCCAAGCUCUUGAAAAGUCGCCUGCCAAAUACCCUGUGAAUCGAGUUGACAUCAAAACAGUCACGAUAACACAAGGGCUGCGCGAUAAAAAUUUGGACAAUCUUUUUAUGAACCAACUACCACAAAGAAUCAUUAUUGGCUUCGUAGACAACCGAGCCUUCAAUGGUGAUUACGCUCGGAAUGGUUUUAAUUUCCAACAUUUUGAUAUCAAUUACCUCAGUCUCAUGGUUGAUGGCCACCCCGUCCCCUCCCAACCCCUUACCCCUGACUUUGGGAACGGUCUGUACAUGGAAAGUUACAACACCCUUUUCUGUGGAACGGGAAUACAUUGGAAAGACGAGGGAAACAAUAUCAGCUACUCUGAUUACCCCGGAGGGAACACACUUUUCUGUUUCGAUUUGUCUCCUGACCUUUCGGCCAGCGAGCCCCACUGGAAUCUCCAGAAGCAAGGUACUCUUAGACUGGAACUCAAGUUCGCAGCACCUCUUGCCCAACCUAUAAAUUGCAUUGUGUAUGCCGAAUUCCAAAAUCUGAUUGAGAUUGACAAACAUCGAAACGUUGUUGUCGAUUAUAACGUUUAA